ACUAGUAUUAAGCAAAUAACGUACACAGUGAAACAUUAUGGCGAUUUCUACUAAACAUUUGGAACCAUGGCGAGACCUAAGUGGCAAGGUUAUUAUGGUUACUGGCGCAUCUGCUGGUAUUGGUUGGGAAAUCUGUAUCAACUUAGCCAAGUCUGGUUGUAGGAUCGUUGCUGCUGCUCGUCGAACUGAACGCCUGAAGGAUUUAUGUGAUGUAAUUAACAACUUGGAUAUGUCCGAGGGCGAGGCAAACCAAAGUGAGGCUAGAAGUGGUGUCGUUCGAGCUGUGGCAGUGGAGCUUGAUGUGAGCUCCGAUGGUCCCACCAUUGAAGCUUCCGUGCGUAAGGCUUGGGACGCCUUUGGGCAUAUCGAUGUUUUAAUUAACAACGCUGGUAUUAGAGGUCCUGUACAAAGCGCAUUAGAUUUAUCAGAAGAAGAUUGGGACAGAACAUUCAGGACAAAUGUAACAGGAUCAUGGUUGGUGUCAAAGUAUGUUGGCCAGAAAAUGACUUCAAAUAUUCAAGGAGGAUCCAUAAUCAACAUCUCUUCUAUUGCCGGCCUUAACCGUGUUCAUCCACUUGGUGCUGCUGGUUAUGCUUCUUCCAAAUCAGCCCUUGACACCCUGACAAAGGUGAUGGCAAUGGAACUUGGAAGACACAAAAUAAGAGUUAACUCGAUUGCUCCUGGGAUAUUCAAAUCUGAGAUAACGGAGAAACUCUUUCAGAAAAAAUGGAUCAAGACCGUGGCUUCAAAGACAGUUCCGUUGGGAUAUCUUGGCCCAAUCGACCCAGCCUUGACGUCGUUAGUAAGGUACCUAAUCCACGACUCAGCAAGCUACCUGACAGGUAAUGUUUUCAUUGCAGAUGGAGGACAUAGCUUAGCAGGCGUACCACUCUAUUCGUCGCUUUGAACUUACCCUUCCGCUAAGUAUGUUUAUUAAUGUGUCGUCAUUAUGAUCAUGAGAUGUAUCGAGAACAGGAUCAUCUUAUCUUCUAAGUUUAAACUUGUUCGUCAAAUAAAUUAAAGACGAUGAUAUGAUAUAUAUAUCUAUGCAAAUGGAAAUUUGUUCAUAUAUGCUUUGCGGACUAGCGUUUUAGACUUUG